CCACCGCUGCCUUCCUCCGCGGGGCGCCAGCCGCCUCAGGCCGGAGCGAGAGCUGAAGGCAGGCGGCCGCAGCUGUAGCGUGAGCGCCGGCGGAGGGCUGGUGGGCCCCGCACCUUUGCUCCUCCUCACCGCCCGCGCCCUCGGACAUGGUGGCCCCCGGCUCUGUGACCAGCCGGCUGGGCUCGGUGUUCCCCUUCCUGCUGGUGCUGGUGGACCUGCAGUACGAAGGUGCUGAAUGUGGAGUAAAUGCAGAUGUUGAGAAACAUCUUGAAUUGGGCAAGAAACUACUUGCAGCUGGACAGCUAGCUGAUGCUUUAUCUCAGUUUCAUGCUGCAGUAGAUGGUGACCCUGAUAACUAUAUUGCUUACUAUCGGAGAGCUACUGUCUUUUUAGCUAUGGGCAAGUCAAAAGCAGCACUUCCUGAUUUAACUAAAGUGAUUGAAUUGAAGAUGGAUUUCACUGCAGCAAGAUUACAGAGAGGUCACUUACUACUCAAACAAGGAAAACUUGAUGAAGCAGAAGAUGAUUUUAAAAAAGUGCUCAAAUCAAAUCCAAGUGAAAAUGAAGAAAAGGAAGCCCAGUCCCAACUUAUCAAAUCUGAUGAAAUGCAGCGUUUGCGUUCACAAGCACUUGAUGCUUUUGAAAGCUCAGAUUAUACUGCUUCUAUAACCUUCCUUGAUAAGAUUUUAGAGGUUUGUGUUUGGGAUGCAGAACUACGGGAACUUAGAGCUGAAUGUUUUAUAAAAGAAGGGGAACCUAGGAAAGCAAUAAGUGACUUAAAAGCUGCCGCAAAAUUGAAGAAUGAUAAUACUGAGGCAUUUUAUAAAAUCAGCACACUGUACUAUCAACUAGGAGACCAUGAACUGUCUCUCAGUGAAGUUCGUGAAUGUCUUAAACUUGACCAGGAUCAUAAAAGGUGUUUUGCACACUAUAAACAAGUAAAGAAACUUAAUAAACUGAUUGAGUCAGCUGAAGAGCUCAUCAGAGAUGGCAGAUACACGGAAGCGACCAGCAAAUAUGAAUCUGUCAUGCAAACAGAGCCAAGUGUUUCUGAAUAUACAAUUCGCUCAAAAGAAAGGAUUUGCCACUGCUUUUCUAAGGACGAGAAGCCUGUUGAAGCAAUUCGAGUAUGUUCAGAAGUUUUACAGAUAGAACCUGACAAUGUGAAUGCUCUGAAAGACCGAGCAGAGGCUUAUUUAAUAGAAGAAAUGUACGAUGAAGCUAUUCAGGAUUAUGAAACUGCUCAGGAACACAAUGAGAAUGAUCAGCAGAUUCGAGAAGGUCUGGAGAAAGCACAGAGGCUAUUGAAACAGUCGCAGAAACGAGAUUAUUAUAAAAUCUUGGGAGUAAAAAGAAAUGCCAAAAAGCAAGAAAUCAUUAAAGCAUACCGAAAAUUGGCACUGCAGUGGCACCCAGAUAACUUCCAGAAUGAAGAAGAAAAGAAAAAAGCUGAAAAAAAGUUCAUUGACAUAGCAGCUGCUAAAGAAGUCCUCUCUGAUCCAGAAAUGAGAAAGAAGUUUGAUGACGGAGAAGACCCCCUGGAUGCAGAGAGCCAGCAAGGAGGUGGCGGCAACCCUUUCCACAGAAGCUGGAACUCAUGGCAAGGGUUCAAUCCCUUCAGCUCAGGCGGACCUUUUAGAUUUAAAUUCCACUUCAAUUAAACCAGCUGUUUUUCUGCUUUUCUUCCUUCAUUUUUUUUAAAGAUUAAAAACAAACAAAAAAAUCUUGUUCCAGGAUCCUAAUGAAAAAAAAAAAAUUCCAAUCUUUCAGUUUGUCCAUGACCAAAGAGUUGUUUUAAUAGGAAAUACCUGUUCUUAUCCAUUUGCGGUUGAUGGGUUUGGGAGGCAGGGAGGCGGGGAACAAACGGUUCUGCUUCCGGCAGAGCAGCCUGCGUCUGGGCUGUGAACGUCUGGAAGAAGCGGUCACAGAGUCUGUAUUUUUUUUACACUGGAGCACGAGGAAAUUCUUUUCUUUACAUCCUUGCGUACAUGUCAGUGCCUGCGUGUGUGAGGAGGAGCUGUGGUGUCAGGAUUCUCCAAGAGGAAUGAACAUUCUCAGCUGUAUGUUCCUACGGACAACUUUGCUUAGAUUCUGGUCAGGCCAGUCACUUGUUAACAUGUUAAAUUUCCACAUGUGUUCCCAUCUCUAUGAGCAUGACCAUGGCUGUCACUGAAGGUGGGCAGAGCCUGUCUUUUAGAAAAUCUGUUACCAAAUGAUAGUUGCCAGAGCAGGGUUCGAUCUGGACUGAUGUUAAUUAAGCAUGUAUUUUUUUUGUUCAAUACUUGCAGGAGAAUACUGAAAACCACUGAAAUAGAAUUAAUUGUAAAUCCUACUUGCCCUUUUAAUAUGGAACACAACAAACUAAUUUGUAAAAUACGUUCAGAAAAUAUAGCAGUGGUAUUUAAAAUAAUAUUGCUGUAGUGCAGAGUGAAGGACUUCAACAACUGAAGUUGUGAGCUAAACAGCAUUUCCUAUAACAGGAUUGACUUAGAAAUAUAAAGUUGCUCAGUCAACAUAAACAAAUAGAAUGCCAUGUUUCCACUUUCAGUAACUACAGCAGACAGUUUCUCUUAGGUCCUGGCCGACCUGGCCCGUGGGUGCUCGCGUGGGACUGUUUUGAGGUGGGCGUUACAUAGCAGGCCUGCCCCUCUGUAGACCUGCAUGCCUCUGGAUGUUCUCCUGCCAGAAAGAAGCCCAGGUUUACAGACCUCAGCUCUGGCUGUAUGUCUGUUAUCAAGAGGGCAUCUCUUCUUGGGAUACCUUCUUACCUUUUAAGCAAAAUGAACUAUUCAGUCUUUAUAUACUGGAUAAUUUUUUCCCUAAAAAAAUGAGUGUUACUUUAAUCAAGAACAUUAAAUAUUUAUGGAACUAUUGAUGCUGCAUUUAAAAUCUAAGAUAAUUACUUUAGAUAAGAAUUAUUACCUUUAUUCUGGAAAGGUUUUUAUUUUUGCCUCAGAGCAUUUUAAGCAGGAUGGGCCUAAUAUAUUACUUUUAGGAAAUCAAGCAUUUUCUUUGAGUUGUGGGGGCCGUCCUGAGCGCUAAUAUCCACAACAGCCAGCCAAGCACAAAUCGUUUUCUUCUACAGUCAUCCUAAAACAUACAUGGAAAGAAGUUUUUUAAACUGAGACAACAGUUGAAUUGAACAAAACACGUAAGUGCUUUUGCAUCUCUUUAUAAGUUUAUUUCUUAUCAAUAAACUUAAGAUUGCA